AGUAUAAAAAUCGUCCACGUACAGAGCUAAGUAUUACACUUCUGGAAAAAGGACGAAUCCUCUCAAAGAUACCUUAUCCCGUAAAGAACCACUUCAGCUAUAAAUGGACGUUGAAUCAAGCCACAGCAAUGAGGAUCUAAACGAUAUCCAGGAAUUUAUUGAAGAACAUUUAAUUUCACACCAGGAGGAAGUAAUUGAGCAUCCUCCUAUGCUCAUUCCCCUCUCACCUACAAUCAUUCCAUUGUCCCCGACAUUUUUUUUGGAUAGUCAGAAUGAUACAAUCCCAGGGCACAGCAUUUCCCUUGAGCUACCGUGCGAUCUAAUCGUGCCUGAGGACUUUUUAAAUAAUUUCUCAGUGAUAACAGAAAAGCCGGAAAAAGCUGAAUAUAUUGAAGAUUCUGAGCUUUUGGAACAGUACUUCAAGACAUCCUUCAGUGAUCUAGCGUCAGACUCCGAAUUGUCUAAAAAAGUUCCUGAAAAUUCCGAAAGGAACGACGUGGCCGGUACUUCGGAGGAGGGCCAGGUUAUACAUGCGUAUACCCCCUUGGAGCAUCCCAAUAGACCUCAAAAAUCUGCAAAAAGACCUCUCAAAAAACGGCCCACUAGACGUACACUUCUUGUGGAAAGCGAAUCUUCCGAGGACGACACCUCCUUCAGCAGAGACCCAAAGUCUAAAAGGCCGCGUAAAUUUUCCGAAAGGUUUCAUGCUUCACUACAAGCAAGAGGCACCCCCACAGUCUCCAAAGUAUCACAAAGGCUAAAACCUACGAUCCCCUCAACUUCAACUACUGCUAGGUAUCACAGCGCUGAGCUAUUGAAACAUGUACAUAUGACUAUAGAGCAGAUCAUUUACAGACAUCCUGCUAUAAGGGCCCUAGUUUCUGACCCAGAAGUGGCUCAGAAUAUACAAACAUUAAUUACCCUAUUGAAAACGCUGGGUUUUUUAAAACAAUAACAGUGUAUUUGUAGAGCUACAAUGGAACCACAUCGCAAAAAAACAUGUAAAAGGAAACACAUUGAAAUUACUGUUGAUGAUUCUGACAAUGAUGAUACGGCUGUGAAUGGUGUUCUAAAAAAUAAAAAGGUUUCAAUUGAUCCGAGUCAUAAUGUGUCAAAUUCUGUGGUAAAUUCUAUAUUCGUACCUAAAAAUACCUUAAAUUCUGAUCCUUCAACAAGUUCACAUACACAUAGUAUGUCUACAGCCCCCAAUGUCUGUCUGCCCCCCGUUCACCCCCAAAAUUUAAAUGGUUUCGAGAAUUUUGACUAUCUAGACAAACUAUUAAAUGAUAUAAAUUAUAAUGCGUAUAGUUUACCGUCAAUCAGGGCUCUGAUUGAUGAAAUUUCUCCAGAUAGGCCCCCGAUAAAUGACAACUCCACUAAUAUAGACAGCAAUAACUCCCAGUGCCGUGUGUUUGUUAAUGAUGCUAAAUUGACUCAGAUCAAUUUUGACUCUUUGGAUAAGCUUCUGCAUGAAAUGUAUAGAGAGAAUCAUGAUACUCUAGAGAGUGUAGUUGAUGUGGAAAAACAAAUAGGGGGAGGUUUGAACGACGGGGCUUACCGUGAUGAUUCUUUUAGCAUAAAAGUCCUGGGGGGUGGUGUAUUACAUGAUGAUCAAGUGGCAGGUCCUUCAGGUUUACAGGCCCCCCAUAGAGAUAGUGCCGGUGAUAGAAUUGGUGGGGAAGGUGUACAGCGUAGACAUAGACCUAUGUUUAACAAUUUCGAAUUGAAGCAACCUCUUAACUUUACACAUCUGUAUGACUUGGAUUCCUACGCUGAAGUUUUUACGGUGUUACAUGAAACGUUAGAGAAUAUGUUGAGUGAGGUUUCUAGAACGCUAAGACCCUCAGACGUUGUCCAGCUUGAAUUACGAGCGGGAUCCUUAGAUAUACCAGUGUAUGUAAAAAUGAGUGGAGCCAAUUUAAGUCUAGAUGAUUUUCUCAGUCAGAUUGAAGCUCUCCUUCAAAGUCAUAGUGAAAUUUUGGCUGAUGACUCUUUAAUGUUGAUUGUGCAGGUUAUUAGGUGCCCAGAAGGAGGUGGUGUAAGGAGAUGUUUGCAGACCUUAAUGAAAAGUGAGCUUAUUAGAAAAAAAGCCAAGCAUCUGAUUAUAUGUUACAACAGAGACAAUCAAUUAUGCUUUGCCUACAGCGUACUGAGCUUGAUAUUUCCAGAAUUCAGAGGGGCUUAUGAAAUGUGUAUGGCUGAGGCUUUAAAACUUCAACAGAGUGUGGGAUUAAGUGAACAUCAAAUGGUGUCGUUUGUAGACAUAGAUAAAUUUGAACAGGCCUUAGAUGUUAAAAUUGUGGUCUGGUACAGAUGUCCUCAAAAGGAUGUGUUCCUGAAUCACCAAACAGAUACUCGAGCAAAAAACAAAACUGUAUUUCUGUUUCUUCAUGAGAAUCAUUUCUAUGGUAUUGUUAACUUGAAAGGUUUUCUGGGUGCAGCCUAUCUGUGUAAUUACUGUUACACCGCCUACAGUAAUCGAUCUGGACAUCGCUGUGAAGGACACUGUAAUG